AUGGGACAUGCUCCCCGUCCUACAGUUCCUGAGCCUACAGCCAUUACCUCGGAUGCAGGAGGAAAUGGCAGCCUCCCACCGACGUCAAGAGCAUCCCCAGAAGUCGAGAUCGCCGAGAUCGAGGGGCAGUAUGUUGACAACACGUCGAGCCUGACCUUUCUUCACCGGGCCUGGAAACGACUUUCGUCGCAGAGGUCCAACAGCAGUGGUGUUCCAGGACACAUACCCAGCGGUGCCGAGCAGCAUCAAAAGCUUACGAGGGCAGGUGACAAGCCGUUUGAAUUCGACCCCCUCGACGCCUCCACUCUGCCUGAUCGAUCUACGGGCCUGUCAAUGUUGCGGUUUUACUUCGACGUCUGCGUAGUCACUUACCGCUGCUUGCAUCAGGGCUACGUCACUGAGUGGUUCGAGGCACUACUUGCAAAUGCUGAUGGUAAUCAGCCUUUGCAUCGCGACAUAGGAUAUGCCAAAGCCGCAAUCGUCAUGACGAUCCUCGCUAUUGUCACACUGCGGCAAAGCAAAGUCCGAGGCGUUGGCGCGGAGCAGAGCUCUGAUCUUCGGCGCAGCGACGCCUACUUCUGCCAGGCUCUAAGUCUGACAGACAUGGAGGUCGGCUUACCGAAACUAGAGUCUGCGCAGUCUCGCCUUUUGCAAGUUCUCUACCUUCUUCAGACGACUCGCAUGAACCAGGCAUGGUAUAUCUUUGGAAGUAUUCUCCCCAUCGUCUCGGCACUGGGUCUGCAUCGGAAAUCCGGCCGCAAUAGGGGCAGCAGCGACAAAGACUACAUCAUCUCGCAGUGCAAAAAGAGGACUUUUUGGGUGGCCUACACCAUUGACAAAUAUCUGGCUGUCGUUUUUGGCCGUCCCAGGAUGUACCACGACGACAAUAUUGACCAAGAUUUCCCAGAUUGCGUCAAUGACGAGGAAAUGACCCCUCAGGGGAAGUCGAGGGACGAGCCCGAAAUGGACUGCCAUGUUGAUAGCCUAAUCUUCCACGCAAAACUCGCUCAGCUCAUCGAUGGAAUCUCCCGAGAAGUAUAUUCGAUCAAACACAUACCCAAGCAUGAUCGCCUUAUGGCAGCCCAUCGGUAUGGCCAGGCUCUCCACCAGUGGCGCGAGUCGCUGCCGCACCACCUAGGCACAGUUCGACCAAUGUCGUUGAUCCCUUCAUUCAGACGGCAAAACACGGCUCUCAAGCUGGCGUAUUGCCACGCCAUUAUGCACGCUAAUCGUCCUUUCCUCCUUGGUACUGGGGCUUCCAAGAGCGACCAGCGGUCUGCUCUAGAAGACAGUGUAGGCGAGUGCAUCAAUGCCGCCAAGAUCGCGCUCGAGACGGUUGACGGGAUGGCCAGUGACGGUACUUUAUUCCAUGCAUUCUGGUGGACGCCAUACGUAACAUUCUGUGCGCUAGCAGUCGUAUACGUAUGGGAAAUUCAAAGAGGAAGAAAAGACGGCGAGAAAGGGCUUUUUGAACUCGCCGACCGCUGUCAGAACCACUUGACAGAAGCGACCGCUGCCGAGAGCCCCGGCCGCAGAUACAGCGUCAUUCUCGAGGAACUCCGACAGGAGGCCAAGUACCAUUCUGUCGGGCCCUCGGGACGCGACCAGAGACCUGCGAGCGACCAAGCUGACCACGGCGGAUGUGCCGAGCCAAUGCAGCUGGACGACAACUCGAGAGCGCCAGCACUGCCCGCCGACAUGGGCGAGGUCUUCCAACAGCAAAGCUUUGAAGGGAUGACGAAUCUUUUGAGUGGCUGGGAGACCACGGACUGGCUGGAUCUCGACUCUUCGGUACAUCAAUUUCUUCAAAAGAUCUGA